AUGCAAUCUAUGGAAGGCAAAGCAGUUGUUAUUACGGGUGGUAAUGCUGGUAUUGGAUAUGAAACAGCUAAAGAUCUUCUUCUACGAGGUCCUCGUGUUAUUAUCGCUUGUCGUAGUAUAGAUAAAGUUCAUCAAGCAUUAAGAGAACUUCAUUUGGAAACGAAAUGUAAUGAGCAAAAUAUUCGAUUAAUGGAAUGUGAUUUAUCUUCUUUUAAUUCUAUUCAUAAAGUUAAAUUAUAUAAUACUAAAGAAGACCGACUUGAUGUAUUGAUUUGUGAUGCUGGUCUUAUUUAUACACCGAAUAUUUAUAAUAAAUUAAAAAAAUGUCAACCAAGUCGAAUUAUUAAUGUUUCAUCUAUUGCACAUAAAUAUCCUCGAACGACAGAAGGGUUGACAGCAUUGACAGAUUUUAAAACAGAUGAUAUGUGGGGUUCUUAUUGUCCAUCUAAAGCAUGUCAAAUUUUAUCUUCAUACAAACUUAAACAUGAUCUGCGUGAUCAAGGUGUUCAGGUAUUUGCAGUAAAUCCCGGAUGGGUAUGGACUUCGUUUCAAGGUCCAUUACGUCCAGCAGUUGGUGCUCGUACAACUGUCUAUUGUGCUGUUGAACCAUCGUUAGAAAAAUCUAGUGAUUUAUAUUAUGAAAAUUGUGCUCCUGCUAAACCUAUUCCAUUAUGUACAGAUAAGAAAUCGGCUGAAUAUCUAUGGAAAAUAAGUUGUGAAACAGUUGGAUUAUAG